AUGUCCAGCUGGGCGCAAAGGAUGCAUCGCCGGGCGGCGACCUUCGGGAGUGUGGUGACGUCGUGCGGACAUCCUGGCACCCCUUACCCACACCGGCUCGAGAAGGUGAAGUUUGGCGUGCCGCUGGAGGAGGUGUGUAAAAGCGACAUCCCCGGACCGCUGCUCGUGUUGAUCCUGAAGCUCAACAAGGAGGCACCGUUCCGGAAGGAUGUGUUCCGGGCGCCGGGCAACCAGGGCGCGAUGAAGAAGCUGAUUCACUUUCUGCAGCAGGGCCGGCUCGUGAACGUGGACAACUAUUCCGUGUACACGAUCGCGAGCGUGUUGAAGAAGUUUUUGCGAAAAAUUCCGGGCGGUGUGUUUGGGCGGGACGGUGAGGCCGAGCUGUUCCAGAUUGUUGAUCUCGACGAUGAGCUCCAGCAGCAGGAGAAAAUUCACAGGCUACUAAUGUCACUGCCAGGCCACACGCAGCGUUUGCUAGUGCUGCUGUUCGGAACAUUCCGCGUGAUCGCCAGCAACUCCGAACGAGCCGACACGGGCAUGACGAGCGAGGCGCUGGGAGUCUCGGUGGCGCCCAGCUUCUUCCAGUCCUGCGUCAGCGACGGCAAAACGGCUCGGAUGAAGGAUGUUCAGCGUUUCAAAGCGGAAGUUCACGUAGCUACACGGAUUAUGAAACAAAUGAUAGAACAAUUCACGGCCUGCGAUCUGUUCGGACGUGUCAACUAUGAGUAUUAUGCGCGUGUAACCGGUCGCGUCCUGAGAGUACAAGACGAAUGGAUAUGCUCGUUCCGCUAUCCACCACCGCCAAGAGGCAAAAUGGCACAACAACACUAUGCAUUAAAACUAGCUUUAGAGACCGAAAAAACCUGGCUGCAGUGUGAAUGCGAGCGAUGGGGUCUAAUCGCCCAGGAGGAAUCACACUCGACACCGGCCCUACUGACGACGGGAGGGCCCAACGUAGGUAACUCUGCAGUAUCUCUUGGAAUAAUUCCAGAGCACUCAUUGCUUGAAUCAUGCGCUCGGCUUUCUGUGUCGCUUGAAGGCCCAGGGAUAUUUAAUGUGCAAAAGUCCAGCUGCUCCUCGUCGUCACAUUCAUCGUCGUCCAACACCCGGUCCGGUUCACAGCAUCACAUGACGCUGGACGAACUGCGGGCUGUCAAUCGUUACGCGGAAAGUACCAAGAGCCUUUCCUACCUACCUCAGGUACAUGAGCGACAGGCAGCAAGGAUGAGAACCCGAUCUGAAUGGUUUCUGGGCGCACGCGGAAGCUCGCUGGAACUGUGCCACGACGGUACCGGUUCGUUGAUCCAUCCACAGAUCGUCACCUCGACACCGAUCCCGGGAGCUAUUGGCCACGGUCAUCAUCCGCACGGAAUAAUCGGUACCUAUGCUAGUAUAGAUAAUCUAAACGAUGUCAUUGUUGUUGAUGUUAACCAAGAACAAGAGAACCACAUUCACCAUCAUCACGAUCAGAAUCAGUAUCAUCACUAUCAUAACGCUCAUGAUCAUCAACUACAUGCCCCAUUGGAAGUGGCUUCACCAGUUGCUCUUCAUUCGCCUCGCUGCACUGCUAGCAAUAAUAACGAACAUUCUUCAUCACGAAUUGCUAAUAAUAGCAUUCAAUCGAAACGCUUGUCGAAUGAUCGCCAUCCUUCCAAAAGUCCUUACAGUGUCCCUCUUUUCGAUGGCUCUUUAAGUUCAUCUGGUAAGAUGGAGCAGAGACCCCAAAAAGCCAAAAAAUACACGUCCACAGAAAAGAAUGAAUAUUGUUCUGAUGAAUAUACUACUUACCAUCCAGUUGUUGGGGUCGCAGGUAUAAUAGGCGACGAUGAUGACGAAUAUGACAACGAUUUGGUUCUAAUGCAUGACGAGAUCGAUGGGGAUGAGAAUGAUUUUGCCAUUGCACAGAGCCAUCACUUUGACAUGCGAGCUGAAAAUCAGCGUCGUCGGCGACGUCGCGCGUUACUUCGGCGCAACUCUUAUGAUAGGAUUGUAGAAUCAGGAUCAUUCCUUCCGCGAGAUGACAACGGUCAGUGUUCAAGUACUACUAGUACUAUUCACACCCGUACCGGUAGCAACGCUCCCAAUGGGUCUAGUCUUUCGGGACGUCCAAAUUCUGCUCCAAUCUCGAUGAAGAACAAGCCUAUCGUAAAGAAAUCCCAGCCUCCGUCUCUUCGUUCGCAGGACGAUGAAGAACAGCAUGCACCCAAUAAUCAAGUCCCUGACAUAACCGCCUCCACUACCAUCAGUAAUACGACUACCAUCACUCCCAACACAUCCUCUAAAAGUCCUACGGCGAUGGCUAGAAAAAGUAGUACGAUUGUUAACCGUAAACACCAAAAUCGGCGUUACGGUGACACUAAUCAUUCGAUGACUCUUGGAAACGGAAAUUCCACAACACUCUCGCGUCAAGGCAAUCUAUCUAUGAUUGUAUUUUCGGUAUUGGAUUUUCUUUUCUGA